UGCUGAGGCUGCCUCAGCGAAAAAAAUGUCCGCCUGAGGAGACCUACAAGUUCUAUUUGGGGGGACCGCCAGCCCGCCCCGAGAGGAAGGGGCGGCCAGGCCUGAGAGCCGCCUCCCCCGCCCGGAUCCGAGAGCUCGCGCGGGGCAAAGUGAGCCGAACCGCCGGGCCGUGCAAGGGGAAGUCCGAGCCCGCUCUCCCGGCCAAAGUGAACUUUAAUCGGGGUGGUUGGAUGCGGAGACGGGGCGGCAGGACCUGCUAGAAGUGGCCGAAGAUGAAUCCCCAGCAGCAGCGCAUGGCUGCUAUAGGGACCGACAAGGAGCUGAGCGACCUGCUGGACUUCAGUGCGAUGUUUUCCCCACCUGUUAAUAGUGGGAAAACCAGACCAACGACACUGGGAAGCAGUCAGUUCAGCGGAUCAGGUAUGGAUGAACGAGGAGGUACGACAUCUUGGGGAACAAGUGGUCAACCAAGCCCCUCUUAUGACUCAUCUAGAGGUUUUACAGACAGCCCUCAUUACAGUGAUCACUUGAAUGACAGUCGAUUAGGGGCCCAUGAAGGCUUGUCCCCAACACCUUUCAUGAACUCAAAUCUAAUGGGAAAAACGUCAGAGAGAGGCUCAUUUUCCCUGUACAGCAGAGAUACUGGAUUACCAGGCUGUCAAAACCAACAGGUUAGGCAAGGUAUUGUGUCAUCAAAAGAUCUGAAAACUGCUUGGGCCAGAGAUGACCAGACCAUGUCUAGUCUCCUGAGACAAGAUCUAGGGCUUGGAAGCCCAGCACAAAUCUCUUCUUCAGGAAAACCUGGGACACCGUACUACUCAUUCUCUGCCACAAGUUCCAGGAGAAGACCACUCCAUGACUCUGCAGCACUUGAUCCUUUGCAAGCAAAGAAAGUCAGAAAGGUGCCUCCUGGCUUGCCUUCUUCUGUAUAUGCACCAUCCCCAAAUUCAGAUGACUUCAACCGUGAAUCUCCUAGUUAUCCAUCUCCCAAGCCACCAACCAGUAUGUUUGCUAGCACUUUCUUUAUGCAAGAUGGGACCCACAAUUCUUCUGACCUUUGGAGUUCAUCAAAUGGGAUGAGCCAGCCUGGUUUUGGUGGAAUUCUGGGGACCUCCACUUCCCACAUGUCUCAAUCCAGUAGUUAUGGCAGCCUUCAUUCACAUGACCGCUUGAGUUAUCCUCCACACUCAGUUUCACCAACAGACAUAAACACAAGUCUUCCACCAAUGUCCAGCUUCCACCGUGCCAGUACCAGCAGUUCACCUUAUGUUGCUGCCUCACACACCCCUCCCAUCAAUGGAUCAGAUAGCAUCCUAGGAACCAGAGGAAAUGCUGCUGGAAGCUCACAGACAGGUGAUGCACUUGGAAAAGCUUUGGCAUCUAUUUAUUCUCCUGACCAUACCAGCAGUAGUUUUCCAUCAAAUCCGUCAACACCAGUUGGAUCACCCUCACCUCUCACAGGUACCAGUCAGUGGCCCAGACCUGGAGGGCAAGCUCCUUCAUCCCCAAGCUAUGAAAACUCACUCCACUCCCUGAAAAAUCGAGUUGAGCAGCAACUUCACGAGCAUUUGCAAGAUGCAAUGUCCUUCUUAAAGGAUGUCUGUGAGCAGUCUCGAAUGGAGGAUCGUUUGGACAGACUGGAUGAUGCUAUCCAUGUGCUGCGGAACCAUGCCGUGGGACCUUCUACCAGUUUGCCUGCUGGUCACAGUGAUAUACACAGUUUAUUGGGACCAUCCCAUACUGCACCAAUUGGAAGCCUCAAUUCAAACUAUGGUGGAUCAAGCCUUGUUACAAGCAGUCGACCUGCUUCAAUGGUCGGAACUCAUCGAGAAGACUCUGUCAGUCUUAAUGGCAAUCAUUCAGUCCUGUCUAGUACGGUCACUGCUUCAAGCACAGACUUGAACCAUAAAACACAAGAAAAUUAUAGAGGUGGCUUGCAAAGUCAGUCUGGAACUGUUGUUCCAACAGAAAUCAAGACUGAAAACAAAGAGAAAGAUGAAAACCUUCAUGAACCUCCUUCAUCAGAUGACAUGAAAUCAGAUGAUGAAUCCUCCCAAAAAGAUAUCAAAGUUUCAUCUAGAGGCAGAACAAGCAGUACUAAUGAAGAUGAGGAUUUGAACCCAGAACAGAAGAUAGAAAGGGAGAAGGAAAGGCGGAUGGCUAACAAUGCCAGAGAACGCUUGCGUGUGCGGGAUAUUAAUGAGGCAUUCAAAGAGCUUGGUCGAAUGUGUCAGCUUCAUUUAAAGAGUGAAAAACCCCAGACAAAACUCCUUAUUCUUCAUCAGGCCGUGGCAGUCAUCCUUAGUCUAGAACAGCAAGUCAGAGAGAGGAACCUUAACCCCAAAGCAGCCUGCCUUAAGAGAAGGGAAGAAGAAAAAGUUUCUGCCGUAUCGGCAGAGCCACCAACCACACUGCCAGGAACCCAUCCUGGGCUUAGUGAAACUACCAACCCUAUGGGUCAUAUGUAAACAUCAGCCAGUUCCAGAGUUAUCAGUAGGCUAGAUAGAAGGUGACCUCUCCUCAUAAGGACUUGGACAACUCAGAUUAUCUGAAGACACAAACCUGAUAGGAGGGAGAAGAAAAAACAAAACACUUGAAGCAAGAAAUGCAAAUGUAAUCCUACGAUCAAAGCAGCUGGUCAACACUUCCAUCAGAAGUGAAGAUAGGAAGCUCAUCAGACAGAAUAUCAGCCCAUGAGAUGUUCGCAACAUAUCAUUUUGUUGCAAGCAGUAUGUCGCUUCUGCACAAUCAGAGACUGUCUCGAUCUCUCCACUCACCGUGGAAGUUGCCUUGUGCCUAAACUGAAUUGACAAAUGCAUUGUAACUACAAAUUUUAUUUAUUGUUAUGGAACUGUAAGGUCUACAUAUAAAGGGAAAAAGUUAAUGUGGAAAGCUGAUCUCCACUCAGCUGAUGCCAGCAUUAGUUAAAGCUGUUCGCGUGCAGAGAACAAAGCAGUGACAACCAUUGGCCCUUAGCAUUCCCGGCAUACCUAUUAGUGUCUUAAAAAGGAAGGGAAAAGUCUUUUGUUGCCCUCUCCUAUCCUUUUGCCAUAUGAAUAGUGUUUUCCAAGAAAUAGGAAAAUAUUACUUGGUAUAGCAUUUCUCUCGCGCUCAUUUUUUCAUUCAUUUUUAUUUUUUCUUUGUGGGUGUUGUAUUUGGUCUCUGAAUCUGAAUAGCUUAUGGUCACAGUCCAGAAUCCUCCAUGUAGCCCUAUGUGCUUUGCAUAUUUACCUUACAAAGAUAAGCAGAGACCAUCUGUGACCAUAGCCUAGCUAAGAUUUUAAAAGGGGAAAUUUUGUCCCCUAUAUUUUCCCCCAAAUAAAUAUUGCUUUAUUUCUAAUAAUAACAAGACUUUUCAAGCUUCUAGGUUUCAUAGUAAAGCUUGUAAUAGAAAGAAGUGUAAAUUACAAGGGAAGAAUUUACUUUUUAGAAAUUGCUUUGUUUUCCAAGCAGUAAGUACUACAUAUAGUACUUAUAAAGUGUUAGCUAUAAGUAAGCACAAAAUGGAUUUAAAAUACAAAGAAGAUUUUCAGGCUGUGAUUAUGUUGAACAUAACAACCCAGUAGUCACCAAGGCAGGUAGUGUGAUAAAUGAACACACCACUCUGAGGCUAAUUACCUAAUGGAAUACAAGAGCAAUGGUCACCCAUGUGUCCUUAUUCUAGACUUUAUUUCUCUGUCAUUUGGAUGGCUGGUUAGUGGGGAGGAAUUCAGUGGGUGAUGUAAUCAACUGCAAACCAUCUGCCCUGUCCCAAGAAGAUGAGCCAGAUUAGCAUUAAACCAGUCCUUGUCAGUCCAUCUUAAUACUGUGCAUUAAGGCACCCCUCUGUCUCUAAUCCUUAAGAGUUUUUUUUUUUUUUAAGACGUAAUAAUCACAUUGAACUUCCAUGAAACCUGUCUUCCACCACAACAACCCUGGGAGAGAAAAACAUGCUAAACAAGGUUGUCUUGGCUUAAUAAUUCCUUAUAGCCAAUAUCAACAAGGGCAAUCAGCACACAGAAGAAAGGACCCAAAUCACUAUGUAACUUAAAGAUUUCUGUUAAUUUGAAAGAACAAAAACAAUUAAGACAGAACUUCAGAUUCUCCAAUCAGGAUGAUUCCUAACAAAUCAGUCUUUCGUGAACGUAGUGGACUUUUUGGUAACUUCAAUUUGCCUAUAUUCUCCAAUUACGUCAGACUCUCUCUGUGGCCUUGUUCUUCAUUUCAGUGUUAAUCAGCUAAAACAGAAGUUGUUGCUUAUGAUGUGUGAGUGAACAUAUGCCACUGCCUGGCCUUUUUUCUUCGGAGCUUGUUGUCUUUUUCGCUAUAUUAGACUUUGCAGUAUGCCCAGAAGCUUUCCUUCAUAAAAUAGAAAGAAAAAAACAUUUGGCUUAUUUUUCACUGUAGCUAGUCUUUUAUACAAUAAUCUUGUAAGAAAAUUUCUUGAAUUCUAAAUAUUACUCUUUCUAGAUUUUUGAAAUCGAAAAGUUUUCAGUAAAAAGUUUCUUACUUUAUUUUAUUAUAUUAGGUAGUAAAAAUGUAGGGUUAUUUACCAUAACCUGUUCAUUAAUAUCAGAAAUUUACAAUAGCAUUUUAAGACCAUAGUAGAAUUCUAGCAUACCGUGUAGUACCUAUGGAGUAUUGUAAGAGCUAAUUGUCCGAGAUGAAUUGCUUCUCAUCUUGUUCUCCAGUUUCCAUUGUUGGUUUAUUGCAGAUUUGUAUCCUGUGUCAAAUUCAAGGUAUUAUUGAUAAACCUUUUGAACCAGCAGCAAGAAGUUCAAAAUUUUUUCUGUCACUGUAACAGAAAACACAAUAUGUAUAUAACAUUUAUGUAGCAAUAAAUGUGCCAUCUUUUUUUUUAACAUAGUAAA